CAUCAUUUAAAAGAUCUCGUGUACUGUAAUAACCACCCGAAUAAUUCCCCAAAGACUAAAUCUUUAAGUCCAAAAGCAGGUCGUUCUAAAUGUCAUCAUCAAUCGACCAGCCCUUAGUUCUUGUUAGUGCGGUCAAUGGCUAUAUCGCCUCUUGGACCGCGAAAGCAUUUCUGGAUGCUGGUUACAACGUCCGAGGUACGACAAGGUCCAUCCAAUCAAGCCUCGCAUUGCUUAAUGGACCUUUUAAAACAUACGCGGAUACCGGCCGCUUCAGUAUUGUACAAGUCUCCGACAUUACUCUUCCUGGAGCCUUUGACAGUGCUAUACGCGGCUGCCAUGCUGUUGUGCACACUGCAUCUCCAAUGUCUUUGAACUUCAAGGACCCGGAUUCCGUCAUCAACAUAGCCGUCUCUGGCGUGAAAUCCAUACUUAAUUCAGCGCGCGAUUAUGGUGGAGAAACAUUGAAGACAUUUGUUUUGCUUUCAUCUUUCGCGGCUGUGAAGGGAAGACCGAAAGAUGAACCAUACACAUUCACUGAGAGCGACUGGGAUGACUUUUCCGGCGAUGAAGUCGCACGCCUGGGCAAAACCAGCCCAUCUGGGCUCAUAUACAAGGCUAGUAAGGCCGCAGCUGAACGGGUAAUGUGGGAUUUCCAGAGUAGUGAGUUACUGACUUUCAAAAUGACGGCAAUCAAUCCUGUCUUCGUGUGGGGACCACCCCUUCUGUUCCCAGAAGACCCAGAGGACUUGAAUAUAACGGCUAAGGUCGUGUGGACGAUUCUAUCCGGAAAAGAGAUCCCAUCACCUCUUGUUGCUUCGGGCGGCUGUGUGGAUGUGCGAGACGUAGCUCGUUUAAUUUUAUUUUCUGUUCAAAACGUGGAGACUGCGAGUGGGCAGAGAUAUAUUGCCGCUGCUGGGGUUCGAAGUGAGCAGGCAGUUGCUGAUAUUCUACGGGCUGAAUAUCCGAAUAGAAGAGAAAUCAUCAAGAAGGGGACCCCUUUCGAAGGGUAUUUGCCGGACUAUAGCUUUCCGGCAAAUAGCACUGCUAGAAUUGACAGUAGCAAAGCGGUUAAAGCUACCGGACAGGGUUGGAUCGGUCCUAAACAGAGUAUCGUCGAUGCGGCGCGAGUAUUGGAGCGGUAUCUAUAACAUUUUUGCGUUUGAAAUCUUGAAAUAUCGCAAUUGAAACUCUUCAUCG